AUUAAUCUAAUAUCAAUACUAGAUCUAUCAUUUAGGAUUUGUUUUUAGUGUGACUUUUGUGAUUUUCUGUUCUUCGCGGGGUUUUAUUUAUUGCAUUUUAUGUGCUUCUUUUUACACUCAUUUUUACAAUAUUUUAUUGUUACUUUAUCCCGUAAAAAAGAAAGUAUGCUAAGUUUGUUAUUAUAGUACUAUAUUCAAAAUAUAGAUAUUAUGUUUGCGGUUAAACAAAAUCUCAAGACAACGCUCUUACAUGGACCAGCAGAAUUAAGCAAGACAUUCUUAUACGAGGCAGCUAUUUAUUGGGCAGAAGAAGGUUGUCGUGUUUUCUUUAUCACACCGAUACCUUUACAACAGAUUCCUUCGGCUUGUCAUGAAAGUAAUCCUUCUACGUACUACACUUAUAAAUUGAUUACAUUUUUGUAUCUAUCGGAUUACAAAUCUUUGGCAACACAAUUAGCAGAAUUGCACACGUUUGUUUCAUUACCUACAAUACUUUUGUUAGACGACAUAGAUCAUUAUAUUAACGAUGACGCAACAAAGAAAGAAGACGCUUGUGAAGUGAAAACAAAGAUGCGUAUAGCCAGAGCAUUCAGCGUCAUCUUCGAUGCGAUAAAUUCGUGUUCACGAAUUUCUAAUACCAUUGUACACGCUUGCGUGUGGUCUUCGUCGAUUUUAAAAAAAACCAAUUUGGAUACUACGAUAUAUUUUCGUAACAUCUGGAACGUAUCGGAAGACGAAGAGAAAAAAAUAAUUUCUUUAAAAAAGAUUGAUCGUGAAAUGCAUUUACCCAAAGGCUAUCCAUUUUUCGAAUAUCACAAAUUUCAAGAUGGAACACGAAUUUUAAAAAAUAUUUAUCGUGAAUUUUUUCAUUGAUCGAUUGGUGCUGCACGAUUUGGUUUGGAUGAUUCGAAUCCAUUGUUAGGCUCGUGCGUUUGCACAUUUCGAACAAG